AUGGGGGCCGGUGGACUGGCAAGCCCUUAUUUCUUCAACGCAGCCAAUGUGAUCACCUACGUGAUCAUGAUCGUCUUCAGCCCCAUCUUCGCUGUGCUCGGAAAUCGCUCUAGCCUCAAGUGGAUUCUCUUGUUCGGCACGGCAGGGUACCUCCCAUGCUUUGGCGCAUUGUACUGCAACAGCGUGUACGGCACGCAGUGGUUCCUCCACUUUGGGGCGGCGACGUGCGGCUUCUCAGCCGCCGCGCUCUGGACGUCGGAGGCGGCCAUCGCCGUCGCGUAUCCGGAGGACAAUCGACAGGGGCUUUACAUUAGUCUUUGGAUGGCCAUCGGGUUGUUUGGCACGUAUUUCGACGAGCACCUACCUCGCCAUGAUUGGCCUCUCGCCUUGACCAUAUCCCCUCCGCACAAACUCAUCCGGACCGAUGGCACGCAGCCAACUUUUAAUUCUGGGCUCACCCGCAUACCUCUGAAGCAGGGCUUCGUCGGCCUGUGGAAGGCCCUCAAGUCUCGACACAUCAUCCUCCUCAUGGCCAUCUUCAUCACCGUUCGCUGGAGCUACACUUACCAGGGCAACUACCUUGUCCCUUACUUCACCGUCCGUGGCCGAGCCCUCGCCGACUUCGUCCAGACAAUCUGCGGCAUCAUCGCCACCGUCGGCUGGGGCCGCCUGCUGGACGCGCAGACCCUCUUCAGAAACAAGCGGAUCCUUUGCAACGUGGGCUGGUACAGCAUGCUGCUUGUGUUUGUGGUGCAGUGGAUUUUCAACUUCUACAUGCAAGCAGAGCUCCAGUCGAGGUCGCCCCCUCCGGUCCUCGACAUAUACUCCCGGGACUACGCCAAGGCAAUCGUAGCAUACUGUCUCUACAGCAUCGCUGGCAACGCUUCCGUCGUCUGGACGUAUUGGAUCCUGGCGCUCUACAACAGCAAUGUCGACACGCUCUCUUACACAAGCGGCAUCCUUAGAUCGGCAGAGAGUAUCGGAUUUUCUUGCGCAUAUGGCAUCGGAUCUCGAGACCACGUGUCACUGAUGACAAACCUGGCGGUCUCAUUUGCCGUUUUUGUCGCAAGUGUUCCCAUCACUUGUUAUGUAGCAUGA